AUGACUCCAAAAGAAGCGACCGGCGUAACACCAUUCCAGCUGGUGUAUGGAGGGGAAACAGUGGUCCCCGUGGAGGUUGGAGUAGAAUCCGACCGGAUGCAACUCUACGACAAGGGAAAUACCAAACGGAGGUUAAUGGAGCUCGACUUGGUGGAUGAAUCGUGGGAUAAAGUCACUGUCUCGCUAAUGACAUACCGACAGCGGAUAAGGCAGAAUUACAACCGAAGGGUAAUCCUGAGUUCUUUCCAGGUUGAAGAUAUGUUGUGGAAGAGAAUCAAAUCGGUCGACGACAUCACCAAACUUGAGACGUCAUGGGAAGGACCUUACAAGGUCGUACAGAAACUACGCUCAGGGCCCUACUACUUGGACGACAAAGACGAAAGGUGA